AUGGCAGAGAAGUGUGAUUACAUUGCAAGCGUCUACGGUUAUGAUCUGGGUUGCCGAUUCGUCAACUUCAGGCCGUUGGGCUUCGGUGUGAACGGGCUGGUUCUGUCUGCCGUCGACAGCAAGAGCUGCUGCAAAGUCGCCGUGAAAAAGAUCGCCAUCAACGAUGCGCAGAGCUUGAAGCAUGCUUUCCGGGAGAUCAAGAUCAUCCGCCGACUGGAUCACGACAACAUUGUGAAGGUCUACGACGUCUUGGGGCCCAAAGGAGCGGACCUCCAAGGAGACUUGUUCAAAUUCAACAUGGUGUACAUCAUCCAGGAAUACAUGGAGACGGACCUGGCCCGCCUGCUGGAGCAAGGGCCACUUUCAGAAGAACACGCCAAACUUUUUAUGUACCAGCUGCUCCGGGGCCUGAAAUACAUCCAUUCAGCCAACGUCUUACAUAGGGAUUUAAAACCAGCCAACAUAUUCAUCAAUACGAAUGAUCUGGUGUUAAAGAUUGGUGACUUUGGAUUGGCCCGAGUUGUGGACCAACAUUAUUCACACAAGGGUUACCUGUCCGAAGGCCUGGUGACCAAAUGGUAUCGAUCUCCCCGCUUGCUCCUUUCGCCCAACAACUACACCAAAGCUAUUGACAUGUGGGCAGCUGGCUGCAUCCUGGCAGAGAUGCUUACGGGAAAGAUGCUUUUUGCUGCUAUCGACUUUUUGGAAAAGAUACUGACCUUCAAUCCGAUGGACCGGUUGACAGCAGAGAUGGGCCUUCAGCAUCCUUUUAUGAGGCCGUACUACUGCCCUGAGGAUGAACCUGUUUCUCAGCACCCUUUCCGGAUUGAGGAUGAGAUUGAUGACAUUUUGUUGAUGGAAGCUAAUCACAGCCAGAUCUCCAACUGGGAUAGAUACCAAGUAAGCUUAUCCUCGGAUUUGGAAUGGCGUCACGAAAAAUGCCACGAUUUGGAUGAGGUGCAGCGAGAUCCCCGCGCAGGAUCCGAAUCUACCGCCGAGGAAGCUCAAGUGGAUCCCCGCAAAUAUUCGCAGAGUAGCUCGGAGAGAUUUUUGGAGCAAUCGCAUUCCUCAAUGGACCGAACGUUUGAAGGGGACUCUGGUCACUCCUGUGAUUAUAAAGUUGGCUCACCUUCUUACUUAGACAAGUUGUUGUGGAGGGAUAGCAAGCUCCACCACUAUUCCGAACCCAAGCUCAUCCUAGAUUUGUCCCAUUGGAAAAGAGCAUCUAUUGCCCCCGCGCCAGAGAUAACGCUAGAGGAAGAACCAUCCAACCUUUUCCUGGAGAUCGCACAGUGGGUCACAAGCACCCAGACGGGACUCGACUGCCCCAACGCUCUUCCGGAGAUUCAGGAACGGAGUCUGCCGUCUUCUCCUCCGUGUCUCCACAAAGAACCUAAGGAAGUCGACAAGAAAGCUGACCCUCAGUUUGACUUGGAUGUCUUCAUCUCCAGGGCCUUAAAACUUUGCACCAAGCCGGAGGAUCUGCCCGAUAACAAACUCAAAGACAUCAAUGGAGCCUGUCUAGCAGAGCACCCAAAGGAAAUUGUUCAGACAGAAGGGUUUCAUAAAGAGAGGUGGUAA